AAACUACUGACUAAAUAAAAUUAAUAUCAAUUGCUAGUGAAUUUAAUCAGAAAAUGUCGAAACUGCAAUGCGAACAAACGUUGCAAGGACACAAGGGUCGCAUUUGGUGUGUAUCAUGGCAUCCCAAGGGUAAUGCAAUUGCUUCAUGUGGCGAAGAUAAGACUAUACGGAUUUGGUCUAUGACCGGCAACAAUUGGUCAACGAAAACUAUUCUCUCGGACGGACAUAAAAGAACAAUUAGAGAAGUAGCGUGGUCAAAAUGUGGACAAUAUCUGGCAUCAGCUAGUUUCGACGCCACCACCGCAAUAUGGUCGAAGACAUCAGGAGAGUUUGAAUGCAAUGCCACAUUGGAAGGUCAUGAAAAUGAGGUAAAAAGUGCAAGUUGGUCAAAUUCUGGGUCAUUGCUGGCAACUUGUUCACGCGACAAAUCAGUUUGGAUUUGGGAGGUAACAGGGGAUGAUGAAUUUGAGUGUGCCGCAGUUUUGAAUGCUCACACCCAAGAUGUAAAGCGCGUUAUUUGGCAUCCGACGAAAGAGGUGUUAGCUUCGUGUUCUUAUGACAACACCAUAAAAAUGUAUGCAGAAAAUACAUUAGACAACGACUGGGAUUGCACAGCUACUUUGGCUGGCCACUCAAGCACCGUAUGGGCCAUAGACUUUGAUGGUGAAGGUGAUAGGCUGGUAUCGGUAAGUGAUGACCGAACCAUGAAAAUAUGGCGUGCAUAUGCUCCUGGAAAUCCUGAAGGUGUAGCUACACCUGAUAAUGAAACCGUAUGGAAAUGUGUCUGUACCAUAGCUGGAGAACAUUCACGCACAAUUUAUGAUGUGUCUUGGUGUAAAUUGACUGGCUUGAUUGCAACUGCUUGCGGAGAUGAUUCUAUAAGAAUUUUUAAGGAAGAUUUGGAAACAUCUACGAAAAAUGAACCUGUAUUUGUAUUGGCUGCAUCACAAGAUAAGGCCCAUUUGCAAGAUGUCAAUAAAGUUUCAUGGAAUCCAGUUCAUCCACAUCAAUUGCUCUCAUGUAGUGAUGAUGGCACCAUUAAAAUGUGGAAAUAUACCGAAUAGAAACAAUUUUAUUUUUGAUGAUUUGAAAAAUUUAUAUACAUAAAUAAUAAUUUUUUACAAAAUAAAGAUUUAGUAAGAAAAAAA